GACGGCUUGUUCCCAGUUGAACACGAUCCUAGUGCCGUCCGGCGUCGACGAAUCUCACCAUCGCUGCCAGCACACCGAGGACACCCGGCAUAUAUCAAGCUACCUACACAGCGCUGCUAUGAUGUCGAACCUAUUCUCGCGUCUCGUCUGCAACGUCGUCCUUGCCGACACAAUCCUCCGCCUUUCUGGGUCUCUCUUCAGCUCCGACAUAUGGGCAGCCUUCAUCUGGCUUCUUACUUUGCUUGUCUCUGAGCCAUCAGUUGGCGUGCUUUUCUCGCGCUCCUUGUGGGUCUCGGUGGCCAUGUACUGGUUCUUCGUUCUCGUUCUCUACGAGAGGGUUCCGGGGCGGUCGGGCUGCCCGCGGUUAGAGCGUGAAUACGAGGCCAUGGAACCUACUCUUGUCCAGACUACUCGGCCCUCAACGUCGUUUGAAAAGCUCUCCUCGCUGUGCUCGAAAUGGCUGCCUAUGUCGUAACCCCUGCGAUUCAACAUCAUCAGCCUAGUCCCUCAGUCUCUAUCAGUAUCGGAUGCCCUGCCGCACGCAAAAGAACACGUAACCAUAUUCUCUACGAAGUCUGCAUCCCACGUCGGCCCCUCCUCAACCUUUACAGCCGGUCUCUUCCUCGACAUAGGUCCUUGUAAUACUAUUCAUUCCGAGUUUGUGCCGAUGACUACCGUGAUAAAUCAUACGUGUACUCGUUUUGUAUGGAUAUAGUAUGUAAUAGCAGCCGCACUUCUGCAUACGCUAGUGUAAUCGUGCAUUCACUGACACGAGCAGGCCAUAU